CAGAAAACAGUUACUAGGAAGUGAGAGAGCUUAUAACUCUUUCAUCUUUAGUUUAUUAUGACUUCUAAAGUGGAACUUCUUUGCUUCUGGAUGGAGUUUCCAGCUUGCUUGUGGUCAGUGAUUACCUUGUAUUUUUUUGCAGCAGCUGAAGAAGAAAUAGAAGGAUUAUGAAGCAGCUGGUGGUGGAAGUAAUAGAUGCUCAUGAUCUUAUGCCCAAAGAUGGUGAAGGAUCUGCAAGUCCAUUUGUAGAAGUUGAUUUUCAAAACCAUAUAAGUCGAACAAAAACGGUUCCAAAGAGUCUCGAUCCCAUUUGGAAUCAGAAACUAUCUUUCGAUUUUGACGAAACCCAAAACCAUCAGUACCAAACCAUCGAUAUCUCAGUUUAUCAUGAAAAGAGAUUGAUUGAAGGCAGAAGCUUUCUUGGAAGAGUUAGAAUUUCUUGCUCUAACAUUGCCAAGGAAGGUGAAGAAACUUAUCAGAGAUUCCAUUUAGAAAACAACUGGUUUCUUUCGGCUGUCAAAGGUGAGAUUGGCUUGAAAAUCUAUAUUUCACCACCAAAAAAAUCUCCAAUAAAUCCACGAGAACCCCCAAUUUCUAAUCCUCCUCCAACCAGAGUGGUUUCAAAUCCUCCUAUUUCUUCAGCAUUAGCUGCAGUAACUAAAGCAGACGGUGUUCCUGUUAGUGAUAUUCAAGAAGAACCAAAGAAAGAUGUUUUAAAAAUCUCACCAUCUAAAGAUUCAAACUCAACUCUUCCUGUAGUUGAGUUUCGUAUCGAAGAUCCUGCUAAAGAGCCAAAGGAAGAGAUUGAAGAACCAAUUGAAGCAAGACAAGAGACAACACAACUACACAAGCAGCAAACAAUGCAGCGGCCUCGAAUAGUAGUACAGAGACGACCACAAGGCGCUUCAUCUUCGAUGAACAGAAGCAUUCCACCAACAAUGAACACAAGCAAUUCAGAAGCUAAUUCCAGCAAUCAGGAUGACUAUGAGAUCAGGGACACUAAUCCUCAGCUCGGGGAGCAAUGGCCGAAUGGAGGAGGGUAUGGUGGAAGAGGUUGGCUGAGUGGUGAGCGACACACAAGCACCUAUGACCUUGUUGAGCAAAUGUUCUAUCUCUAUGUUCGUGUAAUGAAAGCAAGGGAUCUACCUUCCAGUUCUAUCACUGGAGGUUGUGAUCCUUAUGUGGAAGUGAAGCUCGGAAACUAUAAGGGGAGAACAAAGCAUUUUGACAAGAAGCAAAAUCCAGAAUGGAAUCAGGUCUUUGCUUUCUCAAAAGAACGCAUACAGUCUUCUGCACUUGAAGUUUUUGUCAAGGACAAAGAAAUGCUCGGAAGAGAUGAUUACCUGGGCCGAGUGGUGUUCGACUUAAAUGAGGUUCCUACUCGAGUUCCUCCGGAUAGUCCAUUGGCUCCUCAAUGGUACAGAUUGGAGGACCGGCGAGGAACAGGCAAGGUAAGGGGAGAAAUCAUGGUUGCAGUUUGGAUGGGAACACAAGCUGAUGAAGCCUUCCCAGAGGCAUGGCAUUCCGAUGCAGCCUCGGUCUUUGGGGAAGGUGUUCAUAAUGUAAGAUCAAAGGUUUAUGUCUCUCCAAAACUAUGGUACCUAAGGUUAAAUGUGAUUGAAGCUCAAGAUGUAAUCCCCAAUGACAGAAACCGCCUUCCAGAUCUUUUUGUCAAAGUUCAGGUUGGCAAUCAGGUCCUAAGAACAAAGAUCAGUUCAACAAGCACUACAAAUCCAGUUUGGAAUGAAGAUUUGGUAUUUGUGGUAGCAGAGCCUUUUGAAGAACAGUUGGUAAUCACUAUUGAAGACAGAGUACACCCUUCAAAAGAAGAUGUCUUAGGGCAGAUCAGUCUCCCUCUUGACACGUUUGAUAAGCGGCUAGAUUAUAGACCAGUCCAUUCACGCUGGUUCAAUCUUGAGAAGUACGGUUUUGGAGUCCUAGAAGCGGAUAGGCGAAAGGAACUCAAAUUUUCAAGCAGGAUUCACUUGAGAGCUUCUCUUGAAGGUGGGUAUCAUGUACUAGAUGAAUCAACUUUAUACAUCAGUGACCAACGACCAACUGCAAAACAGCUGUGGAAACCACCAGUGGGAAUAUUGGAGGUAGGAAUAUUAAGUGCUCAAGGACUACUUCCAAUGAAGAUGAAGGAUGGGAGAGGAAGCACAGAUGCCUAUUGUAUUGCGAAGUACGGCCAAAAAUGGGUUCGUACUAGAACAAUUCUCAAUACUUUCAGUCCCAAAUGGAAUGAACAAUACACAUGGGAAGUCUAUGAUCCAUGUACAGUCAUUACUUUGGGAGUUUUUGACAACUGCCAUUUAGGGGGUGGUGAAAAACACAAUGGAAGCAAUGGAGCAAAAGAUUCGAGGAUUGGAAAGGUUCGAAUUCGACUAUCGACACUUGAAGCUCACAAACUCUACACUCAUUCUUAUCCCCUUCUGGUUCUACACCCCAAUGGAGUAAAGAAGAUGGGGGAGCUUCAACUUGCGGUUCGCUUCACCACUCUAUCUUUGGCAAACAUGAUAUACAUCUAUGGAAACCCAUUGCUGCCAAAGAUGCAUUACCUUCAACCUUUUACAGUGAACCAAAUAGAAAAUUUAAGGUAUCAAGCUAUGAACAUAGUAGCAACAAGGCUCAGUCGAGCUGAACCGCCUCUAAGAAAAGAAGUCAUCGAGUACAUGUUAGAUGUCGAUUCACAUGUAUGGAGCAUGAGAAGAAGCAAAGCUAACUUUUUCCGAAUUAUGUCACUGCUUUCAGGAAUGAUUUCAGUUACUCGAUGGUUUCGUGAAGUUUGCAAUUGGAGGAACCCCAUCACAUCUGUGCUUGUGCACAUUUUGUUCCUUAUCUUGAUUUGGUAUCCAGAACUAAUACUUCCCACUGUUUUUCUAUACAUGUUCCUCAUUGGCCUAUGGAACUACAGGUUUAGGCCAAGGCACCCACCCCACAUGGACACCAAGCUCUCCUGGGCUGAAGCAGUAAACCCAGAUGAGCUUGAUGAGGAAUUUGACACGUUCCCAACUUCCAAACCGAAUGACUUAGUUCGACUAAGGUAUGACAGGUUAAGAAGUGUUGCAGGGAGGAUCCAGACGGUUGUAGGGGACAUAGCAACACAAGGAGAGAGAGUUCAGUCUCUGCUCAGUUGGAGGGACCCUAGAGCCACCAGUCUUUUCAUAGUAUUUUGUCUUUGCACUGCUGCUGUGCUAUAUGCUACCCCUUUCAGAGUGGUGGCUUUGGUUGCAGGCUUAUAUUGUUUAAGGCAUCCGAAGUUCCGCAGCAAGCUACCAUCAGUACCUGGCAAUUUUUUCAAGAGAUUGCCUCCCCAAACAGACAGUUUGCUAUGAGUUACAAUGCCAAUUGUGUCACAAUUAAAGUCAAUGUAUUUUCCUUCUAUUAACUUGUUUCUUUUGUCAUAACAAUAGGGUACAAAAUCGAAGGUCUUGCUUGCUCCUGUAAGAGCAUGGUUAUAAACCAUAAAGAACAGAAGUUUGCAAUAAUAUUAUGAAUUUAACUCGUUUGGCUAAACAUACAA